AUGCAAGCGAAACGGUCGCUGUACUGGAAGCUAAUGGGUGGGAGGCACAUGCUGGCGCUCAACACCGCGACGAUGGAGCUCACCGUGCUGGCGCUCCCGCCUUUCUUGCGGGAGCAGAGUUUCGACGUCAUUGAGAAGGGGGAGGAUGGCACCGGUAAGCUCUGUGUGCUCACUAUGCGUGGAUUAUGCAUUGAGGUUUGGAACGGUGAGGAUGACGGCGCCGGUGGGCUGACAUGGACACUGUUGGAAAAGUCGGUGAGAUUCUAUGGGGCGAUGGAACCGAUGAUUCUUUCGGAUCCUUUGGACCAGACUCCACAGGGCGAGGUCAUCGGGGUGGCUGCUGGUGUGGUGUUCUUGCGCAGCGGCAGUUGUCUGCUCUCCAUUCAUCUUGAGACCAUGAAGAUGACGAGGCUGUCUCUGGACGUGAAUUGCCCGUCUCCGCUGAUAUAUCCUUACACGAUAGCAUGGCCGCCAGCGUUCUUGAACCCUACUGAACAAGGAAUGUGA